GUUUCCCGCCGCCCCCCGCCGGCCGCAGCCCCGGUGAGCCCCCAGCCCCUGCCCGGCGCCGCCUGCCGGGCCGCCCCGCGUCGGUCUGUCGGUCCGUCCGUCGGUCUGUGCGCCUGCCCAUCCCCCGGCCGCCGUUCCCAGGCCGCGCGGGGUCUGCAGUGGGAGCCUGGCGGCGGCUCGGCAGGGCGCCCGCAGCCCGCGUAGCCUCGGCCGCGCUCCGGCGCGGCGCCCGCAGAACCCGGCCCUGCGCUGCGGGUCUGGCCCGGACCCCGCGCCCGCCGCCCACGCUCCGCGUCCCGGGCCGCCGCGGCCGCGGAGGCCACUUGUGGAGUUCUUCCCCCCGGCGGCUGUAACUCUAAACCAGCCCGAGUGAGGCCUAUUUUUAUGCAGAAAGCAGCCAGCAGAGUGUCUGUGGAGGACGCUGAGAUUGAGGGCCAGCCUGCCACCGAAGCUGUCGCAGGCACAGGCUGGGAGGGAAGGGCUCAUCGGGGGGGAGGCCUGUCUUGGAGAUUUCAAAGCCCUGUUGCCAGGUCCCAGGCAGGGCCGGAUUGGUUGCUGCGAGCCUUAUUGAUGAGGGUGCUGCUGGAGCCCGGGGGUGCUGUCCCUGAACCCCAUCGCUCAGGCUCUAAGCGGGGAUCCAGGGGCCACCACGCUUGAAAGCCCAGCCCCAGCCGUGGCCUGGCCACCCUCCUUCAGCCGUCCCUGCAAGAGCCCUUAGGGACAGGCUCCCAGGAGGAGGCGCAAGGAGAUGAAUGUAGCAGCCAAGUACCGCCAGGCCUCCCUGUAUGUGGGUGACCUCCAUGCAGAUGCCACCGAGGACCUGCUGUUCAAGAAGUUCAGCGCCGUGGGGCCCGUGCUGUCCAUCCGCAUCUGCAGGGACCUGGUCACCCGCCGCUCCCUGGGCUACGCCUACGUGAACUUCCUGCACCUGGCCGAUGCCCAGAAGGCCCUGGACACCAUGAACUUUGACAUGAUAAAGGACAAGUCCAUCCGGCUCAUGUGGUCUCAACGCGACGCCUACUUAAGGAAAUCUGGGAUUGGGAACGUGUUCAUCAAGAACCUGGACAAAUCCAUCGAUAACAAAACGCUUUACGAGCAUUUUUCAGCGUUUGGGAAGAUCCUGUCCUCCAAGGUGAUGAGUGACGAUCAAGGGUCGAGAGGCUACGCGUUCGUGCACUUUCAGAGCCAGACGGCCGCGGACAGGGCCAUCGAGGAGAUGAACGGGGCGCUGCUGAAGGACUGUAGGCUGUUUGUCGGCCGGUUCAAAAACCGCAAAGACCGGGAGGCCGAGCUCCAGAACAAAGCCAAUGAGUUCACCAACGUUUACAUCAAAAACUUUGGAGACGACAUGGAUGACGAGAGGCUGAAGGACGUUUUCAGCCCGUAUGGCAACAUCCUGAGCGUGAAGGUGAUGACAGAUCCCAGUGGAAAAUCCAAAGGCUUUGGCUUUGUGAGUUUUGAUAGCCACGAGGCUGCCCAAAAGGCUGUCGAGGACAUGAACGGGAAGGACAUCAGCGGACAGCCACUUUUUGUAGGCCGGGCGCAAAAGAAAGCAGAGAGACAGGCUGAGCUAAAGCAAAAGUUCGAGCAGAUGAAACAGGAGCGAUACAAGCGGUCCCGGGGGGUGAAGCUCUAUAUUAAGAACCUGGAUGAGACCAUUGAUGACGAGCAACUAAGGAGGGAGUUUUCUUCCUUUGGAUCCAUUAGCCGGGUUAAGGUAAUGCAGGAAGAAGGACGAAGCAAAGGGUUCGGCUUGAUCUGCUUCUCCUCCCCGGAGGAAGCCACGAAAGCAAUGGCUGAGAUGAACGGCCGCCUCUUGGGCUCCAAGCCACUCAACAUCGCCCUGGCCCAGAGGCCCUAGGAGGGAGGCACGUGCUGCACCAGCCUGGCUCCGCAGGUGGGGGAAUGCUAGCGAUCUCUGCCUCACUGUCCCAGGUCAAGUGCAAAUCCCACUCGAUGGCUGCUUAGACUAGUAAAUGUUGUGGUAAAAGGUUUUGUCUACAAAGCUUUUUUUUUUUUUUUUUUAAUUUUGUGCUAAAAUAAAUGCACCCUAGAAGGUUGAUUCAUUUUACAGAGGCACAACUUUUAAUUACAAUAUUGUAUUUUUUUGACGAUCUUGAUGUAUUAUUCGUGGUAAUAAGUAUAAUUAUAUACUUUUGUUAUACAGUUUGAACCAACCGAAGGGAGGCAGUUGAGUUUAUUGCAUAUUUUCUUUCUUAUUUUAAUAUUACUAGCUUUAAUUUCUUCUGUUGAAAAUAUACUUAAAACAGUUCUUUUACCUGAGGCUUGCAAAGUAAUUUAUUUUUACAAAUUUUCUAAUUUCUCAUCUAAGUUUUUUUUAAGAAACUAACAUUUUCAAAAUCGCUAUUAUAAAUUCAAUACCUAAUUUCAUUUCUAAUUAAUGUUUAAAGUACUAGAAAAAAAUAUAUAUCCUGACAUGAUUGUUUUUCUGAUGGCUGAAAUUAAUGAUGGAGGUUUUUUAAUGUUGCCUACAAAAUUGCUUUAAAAAAUAUUUUGCUAUUCUUUUCAUUGGUUAACUAUAAUUCAGGUGUUUGCUAGUUAUUAAAAUUGUGACCUGAAUAGGAAAACCUUAACUUCCACAUUCCUUAAAUUAUAAACCUGUAUCAAUUCAAGUGACAAAAAGUUGGUUCAAUCUUAAUUCUCUUCAUACCUUUACAGCUUAAUAUUAUGCCUUAAGUUUUUAUCAGAUACCAAUAUUAUAAAAGUGGUGUGUGUGUGUGUGUGUGUGUGUGUGU